ACUAGAAAGUUAGCUGGAAAGGAAAAGUGGAUAGAUUUUGACGCUGACGCAUUGUGCCUUGACUUGACAGCCUAACCAGUUUUGCAGUUUUUCACAUUUUCUUAGCAGAGAUCGUGAUUAAGGUAGUAUUUUGCAGUAGUUUGCAAAAUGACAGAAAUAACCUUGAAUGUCAGAUUACUACCCUAGGUCAGAUAAAAAAAGCCUUCACAUUUCACAUUCCCCAUUACAAUUACCUCAAAGAUUCUCUUUCCAUUUCCUAUCCUUGUCAAAGGUAAAAGUACUAUUUCCCGCCAAAAUAACCUCCUAGCCCCUCUUUUUCAUUACGGUCCGUCUUUUUUACUGCCUCUCAAUCCCCACAGAGACAGCACAAAAAGAGAGAGAGAAAGAUGAAGGGCGCAUCCAAGGUGAUAAUGGGAGCUACAUUGGUGAUGGUCGUCAGCCUAGCCAUAGUGCUCGGCCUGAUUCUGGUACUACUUGCUGAGCUCUAUUGUACUCUCUUACUACGGCGGCGCCAGCUAGGCAUCACCUCCUCCAGUGCUACCAUAACGGCCACCACUAACACCACCUCAACCACUGCCAAUACUUCCUCACCACAACCCCUUAACCAAUCACAUUCUCCUCACACUGCUUACUAUGCCCCAGGGGUUCUUCAGGCUCCGAGAAGCCUCUGCUUCCCAACAGUUUCUUGCAAAGAAAACGAGGCAUCUGAAACAAAGAAAGAAAGCUCUCAACUUCAUCACAUUCUCGAAGUCCAUACCCAAGAAUCAAACACUUCACCUCCAUCAACUAACUUACCAAUUUCAUCCCACCAAAUUCGAGAAAUCCCAAUUCAAAUUAUCUGCAGCAAUGAUAAUGAAAAAGCUUGUGUUGGUAGUAAACAGUCUUUUGUUUAUAUAUCAAAUCCCAUCUACGACAACGAUGGCAGUGUAGAGACUCCGUUUGAGACUCCUGAUUCAUCACCAUCUCGAUUGGAAACAAUUGGUUCUUCUUCAGGUGAUGAGGAGGAGAUAGCACAGCCAUUAUCAUCAUCUACUCCACAUUCACUCUCAGGCAGUCCUCCAUUGACUCCAAUGAAGAAGCUCCCUGCAGAGGCAAGUUCAGUUUCCUUGAGAGAUGCAAGGUCUUUAGGUACUUCAGGGAGUGAUUCAGUGAGCAACAAUGGCAUCUCUUCAUCAUCCUCUGGGACUCCAUGCACAUCUCCUUCAUGGUGAUUGUUUUUGGAGUGGUCUUUCACGAACCCUUUCGAAGCAGGUGUCUUGUGAAUAUAGGGAAGCACAAGAGCUGCACCAACUUUUUCUCUGUCAGGCGUGGCCAUGGCUCGCUCACCCAGGCAACGGCCACGCUUCUGCCAAGUAAAAUUAGCUCUGUCUCUCUCUUCUCUAUUACUUGUGUAUUUGCUCCUCAGAGUUGGUAUUUUGUUUUCAUUAGUUGUAUGGGUGUUUUAGGAGAGUGGUUUUUUACUUGCUUUUUCUGGAAUUACUAGCAAACAAGCUCUUGUUUUGUUUUUUUAUUGUUUAGGGAUUGUGAUGAUGCAUGUGAACUGUUGUGAAGAUGCGAAGCAGAGGACAAAAGAAUUAAUUUUAAAAGGGGAAAAUCACUCGAUUUUGAG